AUUAAGGUGUCGGGCUACUUGAACCUGGCGGCCGACUUCACGCACAACUUCACAGACGGUCUGGCUAUCGGCGCCUCCUUCCUGGUUGGGCCUGCCGUCGGCAUGGUAACCACCAUCACCAUCCUGCUGCACGAGGUGCCUCACGAGAUCGGAGACUUUGCCAUCCUCGUCCAGUCCGGCUGCACCAAGAGAAAGGCCAUGUGUCUGCAGCUGCUGACGGCGGUGGGAGCGCUGGCCGGCACGUCUUGUUCCCUAUUGGCUGAGGGCGUGGGCGCGGCCGCCACCGCCUGGAUCCUCCCCUUCACCGCUGGCGGCUUUGUCUACAUCGCCACGGUGACCGUGCUGCCCGAGCUGCUGGUGGGCCGCUCCAGCCUCGGCCAAUCGCUGAUGGAGAUCCUGGCGCUGCUCUUUGGAGUGGGCAUGAUGGUGCUCAUCGCAGAGUACGAGUGAAACCAGGAGGGGGCGACGUGGGACGUUCCAUAUGUUUGACAAGGGACUGAGUGAGAGACGAUGUGGAGAGAGUAAAUGAAAGAGACAGAGAGAGGGAGAGAAGGAAGGAGGACAAAAAGACUGUAAUCUGUGGAGAAAUUUCAGGAUCAGGACGGGGGAAAGAAUCAUGCAUAAAACACUGUUACGUUUUUUGGAGUGAGCUACCGAGUUUUGAUUGCUGACAGGUGGCUGGGGAAAAAAAUGGUUAUUCUAUGAUGUGGAUGCUGGACGAAGCCAAGAGGGAAGCUGUGUAAUAAUGUGGAGGUGUGGUAGAGAGAGAGAGAAAGAGAGAAAGAGAGAUGGAGGGGUUUCACCAGAGAAAUGAUUCUGAAAGUUUACCAUGUGGUAAUGUUGGAUUUUCAACUGUAUUUAACAUCAAUUUUCAUUCCAUUGCUGUCACAACAUUGGUCCUUGCGAUAACACUUUUUUUCUUCUUUUUCACAACCUGAGAUUUACUUUGACAAAUGACUUCCUUGUGGAAUAGAAAUAGACAUGUGGAAUGAAUCAGUCUUGUCAUCUGUAGUUUUUGCAGUUUCUACUUUUAAAUGUUAAUUUUCGUUGGUUGUAUUUGUACAUUAUAAUUUGUUUUAUUUGACUUGAACCAGUCGGAUUCUUUUUUUUUUUUGCCCCGAUAUGAUACACUCAAUCUGCUUGCAGUCAUCAAGUGAUUGUUUUUCUGUCCCUUUGAGCUUUACUCAUUGUUAUGAGUGUGUCUAUCUCUUAUUUUUUUUAAUACAUUUUCCUUCCCGCUCUCAAAGUGAAUGUUUACGAUAAUUAGACCAGAUCUGUGACCGUUAAGAACCCAAACUAGGCAGGCAUGUACACAGUACUAUUGGGCUUCAUUCAGCGCAAUAUUCCUGGAUUGUCGCUGCAUUGUGAAUGUGCGCUUUAGACCACUCUUGUUGUCGUUCCUCUGUUUGGAGUCGUUUUAAAGCAAAGCUUCUUGUGCAAAUAGCCUCAAAUGAUGUAUGAGGCCCAUAUGAGGUAUCACGUGAACAGCAUCUGUAAAGAGUGGCUUAGUAGAACUUCAGUAAGUAUUGUUAUCAGCAACUAACUUGGGUGGCUGAUAUUCCAGGAGGAACAUGGUGAAGUGAUAAACCUGGUUAAGUUAACCUACAGGAAGUACUAAACCUCCAGAUGUCAUUUAGUUCAGAAAAUCAGGACUCCACUUCACUCCAGUCUCCUCUAUUAGAUGAUUUGCCACUACCUCGAGGUUAACUUGACCAUGUUUACUACUGAACCAGCCUCUGUAGAGCAGUUGUGAUUUUGUCAAUUUUUACCUGUAACUGAGCUGCAGCUCUUCAACUUCACAAAAGUGUUUUGUGUAUUCUAGACAAUCAUGAAAAAAUUGUGGCGAAAUGAUAUUACAUUUUCCAGACACACCUGUCUUCUGACUAACACACACAUGCACAGUUUUUUUUUUUUUUUUAACGUUUUUUUCUUGGAAGGACCAAAAGGAGGAGAGGGGAAACUGGGAAAGAAUGUUAAAUGAUUUAUUGUGUUUUUGUUUUUAUUAAAAAAUACAGAAAAUGUAAAGAUUUUGA